AUGAUCUCACAGUUCUUCGUCCUUUCACAGCGUGGCGAUAACAUCGUUUUCCGUGAUUAUCGUGGUGAGGUCCCGAAGGGAAGUUCAGAGAUAUUUUUCCGCAAAGUAAAAUUUUGGGAAGAUGGGGAACUGCAGGAGGCACCACCUGUCUUUAAUGUAGACGGUGUAAAUUACUUUCAUGUGAAAGUUGUUGGCUUACUGUUUGUUGCAACUACAAGGAUUAAUAUAUCACCUUCCUUUGUAUUUGAGCUUUUACAAAGAAUUGCUCGUGUUAUUAAAGAUUACCUUGGGAUUCUCAAUGAAGACUCAAUACGGAAAAAUUUUGUCCUGGUGUACGAGUUACUUGAUGAAGUUAUUGAUUUCGGUUAUGUGCAAACAACAUCUACAGAAUUGUUGAAGUCCUAUAUUUUCAAUGAGCCGCUUGUGAUUGAUGCAGCACGAUUGUCACCUCUUGGACCUGCUGCAAUCUUUUCUCAGGGGUCAAAAAGAAUGCCUGGAAUAGCAGUUACAAAAUCCGUUGUUGCAACAGAGCCUGGGGGUAGAAGGAGGGAGGAAAUCUUUGUAGAUAUAAUUGAGAAAAUCAGCAUUACUUUUAGCUCUAGUGGGUAUAUAUUGACUUCUGAGAUCGAUGGCACCAUACAAAUGAAAAGCUAUCUUACUGGCAAUCCUGAAAUUCGCUUGGCUCUUAAUGAAGACCUUUCCAUUGGAAGAGACGAAGGACCAGUUUCCGGUUAUAGGAGUUCCUCUGGAGGAGCAGUGAUAUUAGAUGACUGCAAUUUCCAUGAAUCUGUUCGUCUUGAUACUUUUGAUACGAACAGAACUUUAUCCCUGAUACCGCCGGACGGUGAAUUUCCGGUUAUGAAUUAUCGUAUGACCCAGGCAUUUAAGCCUCCUUUCCAUAUCAAUGCUUUGAUUGAAGAGGCAGGGUCCCUUAAGGCAGAAGUACUUCUUAAAGUAAGUGCCGAAUUUGCCUCAAGUAUAACAGCAAACACUAUCAAAGUGCAGAUGCCAUUACCAAAAUAUACCACCAGAGUUAGUUUUGAACUGGAGCCUGGUGCUACUGGACAAACAACUGAUUUUAGAGAGGCAAAUAAGAAGCUAGAAUGGAGUUUAAAGAAGAUUAAUGGGGGAUCGGAGCAUACUUUACGUGCAAAGCUAACCUUUUCUCAGGAAUCACAUGGUAAUAUAUCGAAAGAAUCUGGACCUGUUAGCAUGACAUUUACUAUACCAAUGUACAACGUGUCUCAGCUUCAGGUAAAAUAUUUGCAGAUAGUAAAGAAAUUUGGGACACAUGAGCCAUAUCGGUGGGUUAGAUAUGUUACACAGGCAAAUUCCUAUGUUGCUCGUAUAUGA